GAGAGACUCUGCGGCGCUGUCCCCCCUCCCCCUCCCCCGGCGGGAGCGCAGGCAGGCAUGGAUGUGCUCAGCCUCGGUCAGGGCAACAAUACCACGUCGUCCCAGGUGCCCUUCGGGACAGGCGGCAACGCUACUGGCAUCUCCGACGUGACCUUCGGCUACCAAGUGAUCACCUCGCUGCUGCUGGGCACGCUCAUUUUCUGCGCGGUCCUGGGCAAUGCGUGCGUGGUGGCUGCCAUCGCCCUAGAGCGUUCCCUCCAGAAUGUGGCCAACUAUCUCAUCGGCUCGUUGGCGGUCACCGACCUCAUGGUGUCAGUGCUGGUGCUGCCCAUGGCCGCUCUGUACCAGGUGCUCAACAAGUGGACGCUGGGCCAAGUCACCUGCGACCUGUUUAUCGCCCUGGAUGUGCUGUGCUGCACUUCGUCCAUUCUGCACCUGUGCGCCAUUGCGCUCGACAGGUACUGGGCGAUCACUGACCCCAUCGACUACGUGAACAAGAGGACGCCGCGGCGCGCCGCCGCGCUCAUCUCGCUCACUUGGCUCAUUGGCUUCCUCAUCUCCAUCCCGCCCAUGCUGGGCUGGCGCACCCCGGAAGACCGCUCGGACCCCGACGCGUGCACCAUCAGCAAGGACCACGGCUACACGAUCUACUCGACUUUCGGCGCUUUCUACAUCCCGCUGCUGCUCAUGCUGGUGCUCUACGGGCGCAUCUUCAGAGCGGCGCGCUUUCGCAUCCGCAAGACGGUCAAGAAGGUGGAGAAGAAGAGAGCCGAGCCUCGUCUUGGGACGUCGCCCGCCCUGCCACACAAGAAGAGCGUGAACGGACAGCCAGGUAGCCGAGACUGGAGGCCGGGCGUGGAGCCCCAGGCGCCGGGGGCUCCUUGCGCCAACGGCGCCGUGAGGCCGGGCGACGCUGGCGCCGCUGUGGAGGAGAUCGAGGUGCACCGAGUGGGCAGCUCCAAAGAGCACCUGCCGCUGCCCAGGGAGGCGGCUGCCGCCCCCGGGGCCCUCGCCGCCUUCGAGAGGAAAAACGAGCGGAACGCCGAGGCAAAGCGCAAGAUGGCCUUGGCCCGCGAGAGGAAGACGGUGAAGACGCUGGGCAUCAUCAUGGGCACCUUCAUCCUCUGCUGGCUGCCCUUUUUCAUCGUGGCCCUGGUCCUGCCCUUCUGUGAGAACAGCUGCCACAUGCCCGAGCUGUUGGGCGCCAUCAUCAACUGGCUGGGCUAUGCCAACUCUCUGCUCAACCCCAUCAUUUACGCCUACUUCAACAAGGACUUCCAAAAUGCCUUUAAGAAGAUCAUCAAGUGCAAGUUCUGCCGCCGGUGA